UGACUUUGUCAUGGCCGGCCGGCAGCCGUGAAACGCCACCCAGGAUCUUUCAUUCGAUACGAGGGAAUUAUAUAUUGCUACAAUCACACUGCACAUCGCUCGAUAUUUCCAGUCGAAAAUACAGGUGCAUGGACCCGAUCAAGGAUGAACCCGUAACCCAACCCAAGUCGUCGAGCCGAAGGAAGGGAGGUUACGAUCCCCAAACCGGGAUCUACCACUCCCUCAUUCGGCUCAGAGGAAAAUACAAGAUCCCUACUAGGGCUCAUCUUGAUAUAGCCACGUUUGUGUUAUCUCAGUUCCCCAGGCUGGACCAAGCCGAGUCAAGGGUCGCGCUUAUAGACUCGGCUACAAACCACCGAGUCACUUACGGUCAACUCCAACGGUCGAUCCACUCGUUAGCAGCUGGUUUGUACCACGGACUCGGGGUCCGUAAGGGAGAUGUAGUGUUUGUUUUGUCACCAAAUUCUAUCAUCUACCCAACCAUAUGCCUAGCCAUACUUUUGGUCGGUGGGGUCGUAACCAUGUCUAAUCCGGUCAACACUGAAUCAGAGAUAACGGAACAAGUACUUGAUUCGGGUGCAAAACUAGCGAUUGCUGAUCCAGAAGAGAUGCACAAACUACUUUCGACUAAGGUUCCGACCCUCGUCACUACUAGUAACUCGAGUGGCAACGAACUCUCGGUGGAAGAGUUGAUCAAUUGCUGUGAAUCAAUGGAGUUGCCGGAGGACCGACCAACUCAAUCGGACACAGCGGCGAUCCUAUACUCAUCCGGGACUACAGGGACGAGCAAAGGCGUGAUACUAACACACUCGAAUCUCGUAUCUAUGAUGAUGCUACUCAAAUGGGCGGUUGAAAUAACGGCAUCCAAAGACGACAUUUUUCUAUGUUUCAUACCCAUGUUUCACAUCUACGGCCUAGCGUUUUUUGGGCUUGGAUUGCUAUGUUCUGGGACGACAACAGUGCUAAUGCAACGGUUCGACUUUCAAGCCAUGUUAGAAGCAAUACAAACUCAUAAGGUCAAUAACAUUCCGGCAGUUCCUCCGGUUAUACUUGGUCUGGUUAAGUACGACGGAGGUGGAUAUGACUUGUCAUCUUUGCGAAGUGUGGGCUCAGGUGCUGCACCCUUGAGCAAGCACCUGGCUAGUAGGUUCAGAGCGAAAUUCCCGUGGAUCGACCUAAAGCCAGGGUAUGGGCUAACCGAGGGGUGUGGGGCAGUAGCGUUCUUCGUUUCGAGUGAAGAAGCCAAAGCUCGAUCAGCUGCUUCAGGAGCUUUACUACCUACUUUUUCUGCCAAGGUGGUUGAUUUCGAGACAGGGAUUGCUCUACCUCCUUAUAGUGAAGGCGAGUUAUGGCUGAAGGGGCCAGCUGUGAUGAAGGGUUAUUUAGGAAACGAGGCUGCAACAUCCGCAACCAUCGUUGCAGAUGGAUGGUUGAGAACUGGUGAUCUUUGUUACUUCGAUGAAGAUGGAUACCUUUUUGUCGUUGAUCGAAUAAAGGAGCUCAUAAAACAUAAGGGGUAUCAGGUAGCUCCAGCAGAACUGGAAGCCAUACUACUAAAUCAUCCCCAUAUACUAGAUGCAGCAGUUAUACCACUUGAAGAUGAAGAGGCAGGAGAGGUACCUAUGGCGUAUAUAGUUCGGGAAACUGGUUCUCAACUCAGCGAAUACCAAAUCAUUCAAUUUGUCGCUGGCCAGGUGGCUCCAUACAAGAAGAUCAAGAGAGUAGCCUUCAUAAAUGCGAUACCGAAAUCUGCUGCUGGCAAGAUUCUGCGUAAAGAUUUAGUGGCACAAAGCAAACAGAACGUUCAAUCCAAACUUUAGAUAAAAGCUUCAGAAAGUGCAUAUUAAUGAGGCCCGAGAAAAGAAGGUGAGUUAAAGGAAAUGAAGCAAAUGUUUGCAUACUUGCAUAUCAACUUCCAUUGCAGUUCUAUCGUUCAUACUGAAGAUGAAAUCCGUAUAAAAGAUAACGUUUCGGAAUAGAAGAGAUCAUACCAAAAUGUUGGAUGGAUACUCUUGAUGAUUGCAUGCAAUUCCAGGUGCACGAUAACUGCAUAUGCCCUUAUAAAUUCAAUGAUAAAGACAAGACAAACAUAAACCAUUUGGUCA